ACGGAUGACAGGCUCCAAUAAUUCAUCAGUCUCAAGUCUAACAACAACAGAGUUGACGAAAAAUAUGUCAGUUGACAAAAGAUUUGAAGCGAGAAAGUUGGUUCCGUGUUUCCCGCCGUCUCUGCCGCAUUUGAAUUCCAAACGAAACUAUUUGUACAACGCAAAAUGUUUUUCCGUGUUGCCAACAUCCAUCAGCAUUCAGUCAAAACCAUCGCCCGGUUCCUCCUGUGUCUGGCCGUUCUGUCCUUGAGCUUGACCCUGUUGAAAUUAUCCAAUUCCGGCUCUGAAAACGGCCCAAAACGGGGCAACAGCGCGGAUGAUGACGCAAUGAUGCUGGACUCUUGGUCAUCCGCGUCGCAGUUGCUGGCCUUUUUGGAUUCGAGUCGGAUGACAAACCGAUCGGCCUGUCGCGUCUUCUACGAGUUUGGCGGCGUAGUCAUCAACAAUAGCGACAGGUACAAAGACGGGCAAAAGUCCGUCUGCCUAGACCAGGGACUCGGGCCGGCCAUCAACAAUUGUCUCGUCUACUCGUUCGGAAUAGACAACGAAUGGUCGUUUGACGACGACAUGGCUAAACUCGGAUGCAACGUCUACUCUUUCGAUCCAUCCAUGGAGGAAGUCGAUCACAAUCGCAGCGCUCGAAUUCAUUUUUACCAGAUGGGCCUGUGGAACCGAGACGGUUACAUUUACCUGGACAAGAAACGGCCGGAAGUCGCCUGGAAGGUUCUCACCUUGGAAUCUUUUUACAAUAGAUUUAAAUCGAUUCACGGAGAGCGGGAAAUCGAUUACGUCAAGAUCGACAUCGAAGGUGACGAGUGGACUGUCCUGCCGCAAAUGAUCGACUCGGGCAUACUGGGCAGAGUGAAGCAGCUGGCCAUGGAGGUUCACUUUGAUGGCGACGAUAGCGUCGACGACAUCCGCCAGCGGAUUGGCCUCUUGCGCUCGUUGGAAAGCCGCCACGGAAUGAUUCCGUUCGAUUACAAGAGCAAUUUGAACAGCAAGGGAUUCGUGCCGGCCGCGCCGGACAAAUACUCGUGCGCCGAAAUCGCCUAUUUCAAUUCCAAAUUCAAAAUGUGAUAUAUUUAAAUUUUAUUUGUUCAACCCAGAAUUUUAAAAAUGUUUCAGUGGCGUCAUCUGGGCAAUAAAUAACGUUUUCAAAAGAGAAA